AUGGUUUGGCUUCUCGACAAUGCCUAUGACACACGACAUCGGGCCUACAUGAUGCGCGAGAAGGAGAUGAAGCUUGAACCUCUGAAGAUUCGGUAUCACGGGGUCUCUGGUCCUGCCAUGCCAUACGAUGAGCGGUACACACCGUACAUCCAGCAGGCAGGACUCCUCCCGUGGAUUCAGUUGGAGGGAGAAGAGAAGAAGAAGAAGAAGAAGGAAAGGAAAGCAGCCGGAGCUGCUUUCACGUGGAUCCACAGGAACUUUGCGAAUUGCCCUACGGAUGCCACUGAUGAUGUGAUACAGACACAUGCUCGUGUCUAUAUGUGGUACUUUGUCUCGAGGACUUUGUUUCCUGACUCCACAGGCAAGAACGCUCCAUGGAUAUGGCUGAAGGCGUUGACCGUCUUCGAUAGCAGAUGGAGCUGGGGUUCAGUGACUCUUGCCUACUUGUACCGACAGCUGGACGAUGCGUGUUGCAGGAUCACAGGUGGCACAGGCAUUGGUGGUAAUAUGCUUCUUCUUUCUGUAUGGAGCUGGGAGCGUCUGCCUAUUGGACGCCCGAAGAGCGUCAAGUUUAAUCCUUGGGAUGAAGAUGACGAAUUACGGUUAUGGCGCCCCACUUGGUCUUACAAGUGGGAAGCUGUAUCCGAGAUGACGAACGAUGUCAAUCUCAUGUACCAAAAGUAUAUUUCCGAGUUGGACACGAUUACGCCUGAGCAGCCUCACCCGCCGGAAUGGGUGGACACGGACAAAGCACUUCAUAGCUCACUUGCUUUCGAUAACUACCUACGAUGGUUUCUUGAAAAUGCUCGAGUUGAGAUAUGCCCGCCGGCAUACAACGAUGAUAUUCUUGAAGAUCCCGCAAACUUUGAGGAUCUAUCGAAGCAUCAGUACAACAAAACUGUCAGGGAAGGGCGUCAUGCCAAGAAGUUAAGGCGGUUAUCGAACCUUCUCGGUUGCCGUGACCCAGAAUAUGAUGAACCAUCUGCCUCUAGGCCCGGUACACCAUCAGACCCCUUAUCUCACCAUCAGGGGGACGCUGUGAGUUCCUCAUUUGCUUAUAUGGAUGAUGAGGGUGCGGUCACCCAAGAGGUUGAUGAUGACAUGACUUUGGCAGACGCUCAAGUUUGGUCCGCAUACAUGUUGAAGCCUAGGCAUCCCAUAAAACGGUACACGUCCACCGACUUUGACAACAUAGGCAACCCAAAGGUGGUCACAGGGAGCUCGCGUAUGGCGAGCUUGGAUGAUGAGGCGGAGGAGGAAGAGGAGGAAGAGGAGGCUCGUCCUGCUAGGAGGAAGAAGAUAACCAAUAGGGAUGGCACUAGGAACACGCGCGCAAGGCAUUAG